AAGCAUGCCCGGCGAGUUGGAAAAGCGCAGAAUCUGCGAGACAAGAAAGCAAUAGGAAGGGAGAAACAGGGAGAGAGGUUGCGUCCCAGCCCCACCUGCCAUCGCCUCUUCUUCCGCUCCCUCGGCGGCUUUCCAAGAUUCAGAUUCAGAUUGGGGGCCUUUUGCUGCUGCGCGGCAAUUCUCGUCGCUCCAGUCCCCACUUCACUGUUCCUGAGCGGGAGGCACCGGCCGGACUCGCGAUGGGGCAGGACGGCCAGCAGAUCCGCCGCGACAAGCUCAUCAUCGACACGGAUCCCGGCAUCGAUGAUAGCAUGACGAUCCUAAUGGCGUUCAGAGCACCUAGUGUGGAAAUCAUUGGGCUCACGACCAUAUUCGGCAACGUCGACACAAAGGGCGCAACACGUAACGCGCUAUUGCUGUGUGAGAGAGCAGGAUGCCCUGAAGUUCCAGUAGCAGAGGGCAGCCAUGAGCCCCUAAAGGGAGGAAAGCCCCGUGUUGCUGAUUUCGUUCAUGGGUCAGAUGGCAUUGGGAAUCUGUUUCUUCCUGCACCCUCUGCUAAGAAGGUUGAGGAAAGUGCUGCUGAUUUCCUGAUUAAUAAGGUCUCUGAGUUUCCAGGAGAGGUCUCUGUGCUUGCGUUGGGACCCCUGACAAAUGUAGCAUUGGCCAUCAAAAGAGACCCUUCCUUUGCAAGCAAGGUUAAGAAAAUAGUUGUACUGGGUGGAGCUUUCUUUGCGGCUGGAAAUGUCAACCCUGCUGCUGAAGCAAAUAUCCAUGGAGACCCAGAAGCAGCUGACAUAGUUUUUACUUCAGGAGCAGAUAUCGUUGUGGUUGGCAUUAACAUAACAACACAAGUCUGCCUGACAGAUGAGGAUCUCUUGGAGCUAAGAAACUCGAAAGGGAAGCAUGCAGCGUUCUUAUAUGAGAUGUGCAAGUUCUACAGAGAUUGGCAUGCCAAGUCUGAUGGUUUUCAUGGAAUUUUCCUUCAUGAUCCUGUGAGCUUCACUGCCGUACUUCAUCCAGAGUACUUCACAUUCAAGAAGGGUGUGGUGAGAGUAGAGACCCAGGGCAUUUGCACUGGCCACACUUUGAUGGAUCAGGGAUUGAAAAAGUGGAAUUCAGAGAACCCAUGGUCAGGGUAUAAACCGAUUUCAGUUGCAUGGACGGUUGAUGUGCCAAAGGUCAUCAGCUUUAUAAAGAAGCUGCUCAUGGCACCAUGAGCAAAGUACAACCAUUUAACGACGUGUCGACAUCAGCGCUCUCUGAUGUCCAAGAAAAUUUGACGAGUACAGAUGCUCUUUCUCAGUUGCACUGUAAUUAGUUCCUGGACCUAGGAUGAUUCCUAUUCCUCCAAUAGUAAGAGGAACCUUUCAUUGUGAAAGGUCAUGCAGCAGUCUCGAAUACCAUGAAGCAAAUUCUGGCAUACGACAUCAUGUCUCACACAUUUGUAUCAAUACAUUUCGAAUCAAUAAAGUUUCCCUCACUCUUUACUGUGCACUUUUCUCAAAGAUCACAAUCUUGUUGUAAUGUGCCUCUCAUGUAAAGCAAAGUACCAAUAAGGCAUAUGAUAGUUUUGAU